AUGUCUUCCCUCGCAUCUUCCUUGAAAGACCCUAGUCUCUUUGUCCAGAAGUCGUACAUCAAAGGGCAAUGGUCGCUGUCAGACUCUGGUAACACCUUUCCGGUCACCAACCCGGCAACAGAGGAACUCAUCGGAACAUGUCCUGAGUCAACCAUUGGCGACUUGGACAACGCCAUCGACGCCGCAGCCAAAGCAUUCCCGGAAUGGAAAGCAUUAUCCGGCCGCCAAAGGAGCCGCAUCAUCGGACGCAUCUUUGACCUCUUAGUUGACAACAAGGAAGACCUUGGCAGGAUCAUCACCGCCAAAAAUGGCAAAGCCAAGGGAGACGCUGAGGGCGAGGUGAUGUUUGGGGCAAGCUUCUUCGAGUGGUAUGGCGAAGAGGCCGCCCGCAUCUACGGAGACAUCAUUCCCCACAGCAACCCAACUUACAGGACCCGCGUCGUCAAAGAGCCCGUCGGCGUCUGUGGCUUGAUCGUACCUUGGAACUUCCCUCUUGCGAUGGGCGCCCGCAAGGUCUCAGCAGCUCUAGCAGCCGGAUGCACUGUGGUCAUGAAGUCUGAUGGACUUACACCUUUCUCUUCAAACGCACUAGCUGUGCUAUGCGAGAGAGCCGGCGUACCUCCCGGAGUCUUUAACGUCGUCACGGCAUUGGAAAACACACCUCAGCUUGGACUUGCAUUGUGUGAGUCAGACAUCGUGAAGAAGAUCUCUUUCACGGGUUCGACCCGAGUUGGCAAGUUGUUAAUGCAACAGUCAAGCAGCACUCUCAAGAAGUUGAGUCUCGAGCUAGGAGGCAAUGCACCCUUCAUCGUGUUCGAUGAUGCAGACAUGGAAAUUGCAAUCUCAAGCGUGCUUGUCUCCAAAUUCAAAGUUACUGGCCAGACAUGCGUGUGCGCCAACCGGAUCUUCGUGCAGGAGGGCAUCUAUGAUAGGUUCAGCCAGAGGCUAGUGGAGGAAGUCAGAAAGUUCCGUGUUGGCAACGGCACCGACUCAUCGGUUACUCAUGGACCUUUGACCAAUGGUGUUGGCAAGGUAGAGGAGCAUAUCAAAGACGCCAUCUCCAAGAACGCAAAGGUCUUGCUGGGCGGCAACCGGCUACCAUCAGCCGGCAAGAACUUCCACGAGCUCACCAUUCUCGGGGAUGUCGACGACUCUAUGAAAGUGACACAGGAAGAGACAUUUGGCCCCCUUGCGGCAUUGACGAAGUUCUCCACAGAAAAGGAGGUCAUCGAGUGGGCCAAUAAGUCUGAAGUCGGACUAGCGUCCUAUGUCAUCACGAACGACCUGGCUAGAUCAACUCGGGUAUCAGAACUUCUGGAGUUUGGAAUGGUUGCCAUCAACACUGGUGUCAUCUCAGACGCUUCUGCGCCAUUCGGAGGCGUCAAGCAUUCCGGCUUUGGCCGUGAAGGCAGCAGAUAUGGUCUUGAAGACUACUUGACGAUCAAGAUGAUUGUGACCGGCGGCAUUAGCACGCGUUUGUAG